AGGCCGCCAUUUUGCUCUGCGGUGCUGGUAUUUAGAGCGCAACGGCUGCCGGGCUCUUCGCUUUGGCAGCGCCUGACUGCCUCCUAUCCUCCCGUCGCCAGGCGCCCGGCUCGUCCUCUCCCCCGCCUCGGUCCGCUGAGCUCGCCCCUUCCCGACCCGCAGACAUGUCCGAGACCAAGGGCGGCCCCGAGUACGCCUCCUUUUUCGCGGUCAUGGGCGCCUCGGCCGCCAUGGUCUUCAGCGCCUUGGGUGCUGCCUAUGGUACUGCCAAGAGCGGCACCGGCAUCGCGGCCAUGUCCGUCAUGCGGCCAGAGCUGAUCAUGAAGUCCAUCAUCCCAGUGGUCAUGGCUGGCAUCAUCGCCAUCUAUGGCCUGGUGGUGGCAGUCCUCAUCGCCAACUCCCUGAAUGAUGGCAUCAGCCUCUACAAGAGUUUCCUCCAGCUGGGCGCUGGCCUGAGUGUGGGCCUGAGCGGGCUGGCAGCCGGCUUUGCCAUUGGCAUUGUGGGGGAUGCCGGUGUGCGGGGCACUGCCCAGCAGCCCCGGCUAUUCGUGGGCAUGAUCCUGAUCCUCAUCUUCGCUGAGGUGCUGGGCCUGUACGGUCUCAUUGUCGCCCUCAUCCUCUCCACAAAGUAGCCCUUCUCCAAGUCCGCCGGCCACAUAAUACGAUGUAAAGACCAUCCCCUCCUCAUUCCAGAAUGAACAGCCUGACACACACUCACGGGGCAGCUGACCCCAGUAGCUGGUCUUGUAAAUGCGCAGUGUCCUAGUGCCCCUGGUCUGUUGCCCCCCGCCUUGCCCCCGCCCGCCCCGUGCAGUGGACAUCUGGGCCCCCUCAUCACCCAUCCAGGCCCCGAACCAGUGAGGAUGCAGGCCUCUGGCCACCCCACCCAUCUGCCCUAGAGUGCUCUGUGUGCAAGGAUGAAUUAGAGUUGUCCUUUUUCUCUUCACUGGAUGUUUAUUAUUUAUAAAGAUUUGACCUGUU